CCAACAAAGACACAAUUAUAUCAAUUAAAAAAUCCCAGAUUUAAUUGAUCUACAACCGAGGCUGGAAAAUUACGCCUGAUCUGCCUCACGCUGCUGGCAGUGAAGUCUCAUCGCAGCAGCGGCGGCAAUGGCAGCCGGGCAGUGAGACACAUGCACAACAGUCUGUGAGCCGAUACAACAAUUACGCUGGAGUCGAGAGAAGACACUUGAAGCAACAUGUCUCGGCACCGGAAUGUGCGAGGUUACAACUACGAUGAAGACUUUGACGACGAUGACGUGUAUGGACAGUCUGUGGAUGAUGAUUACUGCAUAUCACCGGCAACAGCAAAUCAGUUCAUCUACUCUCGUCAAGAGAGGCAAGCACCAAAAGAGGAGCCUUUAGAAGAGGAAGAAGAUGAUGUACCCAUGUCCCCUAUCAUCAGCCACAACCUUGACCCUCUCGACCAAGCCAAGCUGUAUUCCUGUUUGGAUCAUAUGCGGACUGUGCUGGGAGAUGCAGUGCAGGACUCAGUCCUGACCCAGGCCGCCGUAAACUGUGGAUUCGACCCACAGAAGGCACUGGAUGCCGUCCUGUCUGAAGAUACCAAGACGGUCCAACUUACCAAAAGUACCAGUGAAGAGACGGCUUCGGUAGCCAGAGUUAGCCUGGAGAAAGCGCCGCUUCCACAAAGAAUCAAACCAGAGGCCGUGGAUGAAAAAGGCGCCUGCUUGUCUGCUUCUCACAAAGACAUUACAUCCAAUGCACAUGAACACCAGACUGAUUUGUGCAAACACACACAACCGCGUGGGCAAACAAGUGCACCAAACUUGAGUGACUUCUUAUUGCAACACGCGGCUGCCCCGGUGGUUGGCAGCUCUGAAAAUCAAAUAUGCAUCAAUCAAAACAGUGGCCCUGGUGUUAGUUGCGGUGCCAAUCUUGCACAGCUCAUGUCUGCGCAUGAGCAGAAGAGUAAAGGGACAGGAGCACUUGGUUUGGGUGUUCACUCUUUAAGUGCCCUCACCAUGGGGCUGAGUUCCCCACUGUCCAUUAUGCCGAGCCAGAAUAGUCUUUCAUUGGGAACAUUGGCGUCUUUAAGCAUUUCACCAGCAUCUCACAACUCGGCUCCCCCCCUCCUCCCAGUUUCACUCGGUAGUCUGUCUCUGCACAACCCCAAGAUAACGGCAAGCUCUCCUCUCGCUGUUCCUCCUGGGUUUGGAAGUCUCGGUUCGGUCCUAUUCAGCAAUCAGCACUCAUUGGGAGUUGGGAAUGGCAGCAGAGCCACCAUGGCUGAUCCAAAGGGAAGCCCGUCAUUGGCUGAUUUAAUGCAGGAGCAUUCAAACCGCAGCCCAACCUUCAGUAGCUCCCCUCACACGCCCCAAAGCAGCAUCACUGCCGUGACGUAUCGGGGGAUGGCUGCACCGGCACAAACGCUCUCGCUGUCGGGGCUCGCUUCACAGCACCAAAGCGGGAAUACGCACAUCCAAUCGGAUUCACAAAGCACCGAGCGACCAGCGAACACGCUGACCUUUUCUAAGCCAACCAACAAUACCUCUACAUGCCUCGCUGGAACUUUCUCAUUGUCUCAGCUGGCCUUGCAGCAUCAACCCAGCAGUUCCUUAACUUUCCCUCAACCGUUAAGUGUUGAAUCUCCAGCAAAUGCACUGAAACAACCACCUGGCAUCUCUGGGCUGCUUUCUUUGUCACAAUUGGCGUCUAAACACAAAAGCAAAACCUCAACCACCUCAAAUGGGUCACAGUACUCGCUCCUCUUACCAGCAAAACCCGAGAGGGCUGCUGUCUUAACAGAAAGUACGAAAGAAGGCGGGACCAAGUGUAAGCUCGACCUCAAACCAUACCCCCAAAACAUCAGGUCACCUAAACUGAAGCAGACUAUUGAUUUGAGUGCACUCAUGGCCCAGUCGGAUGGGGCAGGCCCUUGUCAUUUCGACGACAACCUCCUCUCACCGUCUUCUCCAAAUUCGGUUGACGUGGGGCUGGAUUCUUCCAUUUUUGCACAACCAUCGAUAUUUGCAGUCACUUUGUCAAUUGGGAGCCACAGACGACAGAAAAGGAUGAGGAUGGCAUUGAAGGGAGCAAUAAGAGGUCAGGAGACGGGAAGCGGUUACAAGACUUUCCUGCGUGAAUCACAAGAUAAAUCACAAGAGCAGCAGACGGCGCUCUCGCCUAUUGUCGCGUUCCGCUUCGACGCCCCUUCACCUGACGACAUUGUCCACGCUAAUCAGAGAAAAGCGUUCACCAGGUAGACGAGUGGAAACAAUAAUAACCAUAAACUACAUUCAGCUGCGUGCAGGUUGGGGCGAAAUGAACUCUUCUUGGUGGCCUUUCCUCCACCAACUGAAGAGACCCAAAGAGAUGCAGCAGUCAUCAUACAUUUAUUUUUUUGAACUUUGUCCCAAAAUCACGCAUGUAAAGUGUAAAGACACUUUUGGGACCAACAUAAUGACAUCAUGAGACUCACUGCUGAGAACUCUGCUAGAAACCGUAACCGUAUUACUAAAGUAUUUCUGCAUUUAUUUUUUUAUACCGGCAUGCACGUCUUAAGUUACGACUACAAACACAUUAAUUAUGUUUUAGCUCAAACUAAAUAAACUCCCUGGCAGCUUGAAAACAAUCACAGCUAAGUUUCAAAGGAAGAAUGGUAUUUUAAGAACUUUUAAAAAAUAUUUUUAUUUUUCUCAUUUACUGUAGUUAUUUUUCUACUUUUUUUAAAAAUGGUAGUCUUAUUUUUCUAUGCUUAGAUGGCCAUUGGCUUUUUUAUUGUCAUGGUUGCGUAAGGUGUAAAGUAUCUUAACCCAAGCCACGGAACAUUUAAAGUGUUUCUCUUUCUCCAUGGCCUCUUUUCUGCUUUAGAUCGGCAUGAACCCUCAAAAUAAAAAAAAAGAAGGUUGAUUUUGUUUGCAGGUGUGCUGCAGCUAUUGGAAUAUGGAUCAGUUAACCAUUGUUCUGGUUUAUUGCUGCCUGUGUUAAAGAUCAUGGGGUAUACAUUUUGGUUUUGACUGAGGACACCUGGAUACUUUCCCAUGAAAGAGCGAGAACAAGCGCGUGCAAUACACACACACACACACACACACACACACACAAACACAAACUGACAGACAGACAAGUGAACAAUUUUAAUGUUUGAUUUUGAAUAAAUGAGGUUACUAUGAAUGCAGGCACUGUAAAUAAAGAUGGCACUGAAUGAUUAAAAAAUAAAUGCCUUCAGACUUGAGGUAUAAGAGGGUUUUCUUAUUUAACUUAUGAUGUACAAAUGAGUCUGAUUCCCAGUGGGUGUCAUGACACGCUGCCUGAGCUUAUUUUGUACAUAUUGAAAUAAAAAUGACUUGAUGUACGCUCUCUGAA